AUCAACCUGAAAACCAGAAACAUCAGGGCUUCAGAAUUUGCCUCAAAUCCCAGUAAUUAAUUCACCCAAAUUUCAGAUUUCAGACCAAUUUAAAAUCCUCAUCAGCUGAAGGCGUAGAAGAUGAUGACGAUGAAGAGAAGAGCUUCUUCUGCGGUGAUUGUUUCCAUUGCUCGGUCUCAGGAGGCAGCGGCUUCAUUAGGUACAACUGCUCCUGCAGGUUGUACUACUCUUGCUUCAUUUCUCUCUGCAUUCCCCAACGUUAAACCCCAAUUAGCUUGCUAUUCUGCUGGUAGUGAUAAAAUUAGAAACCAUCAGUGCCAAAUUGGAUCGUCUUUUGUUAACGUUGUGCAAUUUCCAUCUGGGUUGAAGAGUAGGAUUGGUAGUAUUAACGGUCUUGAUGAUGCUCUGAGCUUGUUCGAGCGGAUGGUCCGGAUGAGGCCUCUGCCUUCUGUUAUUCAAUUCAAUCAACUGCUGACUUGUAUUGUUAAGAUGAAGAAUCAUUAUUCUUCAGUUAUUUCCCUUUUUAGAGAUAUGUGUGUCCAGGGCAUUCCUGUGGAUGAGGCCACCCUUAAUAUAAUGAUUAAUUGUUGCUGCGUUGUGGGCCGAGUGGAUUUAGCUUUUUCUACAUUGGCUGGCUUCCACAAACGUGGUUUUGUCCCUAAUGUGGUCACCUUUAGUACUCUACUCAAAGGACUCUUUCGAGGACGCAAGGUUCCCCAGGCACAAGAAUUAUUUAAAAAGAUAAUAUUCGAAAAACUUUGCGAGCCCAAUGAAGUUAUCUUUCUGGUUGUGAUAGAUGGGCUCUGUAAGGCGGGUAAUACUCAAAUGGCCAUUGAAUUCCUAAGACUUAUGGAAAAAAGAAGAAGAUGUAAGCCCAACGUUUAUGUGUACGGUACAAUCAUUGACAGCUUGUGCAAGGAUAAAAUGGUUGAUGAAGCUCUUGCCCUCUUACAGGAGAUGUUUGAAAAGGAAAUUCCCCCAGAUGUUGUCAUUUACAAUUGUUUGAUUCUAGGUUUCUGCAAUUUAAGUAAAUGGAAGGAGGUUAUAAGGCUCUUCUCUGACAUCAAGGAUUACAAAAUUGCUCCAAAUGUUUUUACUUUUACUAUAGUGGUGGAUGCAUUGUGCAAGGAAGGACAUGCAAAAGAUGCUGAAGAGGUAGUCCGGAUCAUGAUCCAGCAAGGUCAAAAUCCCGACGUGGUCACAUACAAUUCCUUAAUGGAUGGAUAUUGUUUACAACGCCAAAUAGGUGAAGUAAGGAGAGUAUUCGAUACCAUGGUUGCUAGUGGCCUUACUCCAGAUGCUCAUAGCUAUGCUAUUUUGAUAAAUGCCUAUAACAAGAACAAGAAAGUGGAAGCAGCCAUGAAUCUCUUUCAAGAGAUUCGGCAUAAAGGCUUAAAAUGUGAUAUUGUUGUUUAUACCGCUGUUUUGCAGGGGUUAUUUAGUGCAGGAAUGUAUCCUAGUGCAAGAGAAGUUUUUGAUGAGAUGCAAGCUUCUGGCAUAAAGCCUGAUUUUCACACUUAUUGCGUGAUGUUGGAUGGGCUAUGCAAGACUGGACAUGUCGACGAAGCAUUGCAGUUAUUCCAUGCAAUGGAAACUGAUGGAACAAAUCUUCACAUAGAAAUGUACACUAUCAUCCUUGAUGGGUUGUGCAAAAGCAGGAGGCUCGAUAGUGCUCGAGAUCUUUUCAACAAUCUCUCCCUUAAAGGAUUGAACCCUAAUGUCAAAACAUACACCACCAUGAUUGCUGGCCUGCUUUCAGAAGGUCUGCUCAUCGAAGCUAAAGAGGUCGUUAAAAAGAUGGAAGAGAAGGGUUGCCCGGCAAAUGAUGGUACAUACAAUGUUAUUCUGCAAGGACUCCUUAAGGGAGGUCAUUAUCAUCAUGCGAUGGUCUAUCAUGAAGAAAUGGUUCAUAAAGGAUUCUCGCUGGAUGCACAUACCUUUUCCAUUUUACUUGAUUUGUCUGCUGAGAAUCAGAAGAAACCUUCUGUGCUAAUGUUGAUGCUGAAGAUUGAUCCCGAUAGCAAGAAGUUCAUAGAUGGGGAAUGAAGAGGACCUUCACAUUAGUUGCAACAUGUUGGUCCUGCUAUUUAUUUUGGCCCCUGAACUUUAAUUUGUUGGAAAAAACAUUAAUUAGGUUUGCAUUUGAUCCUGUUAUCACUUUUCAUCUUUGUUGCAAUGCAACUGAGCCUUAGAGGAACUCUCUUGGUGAUUUUUUGUGAAACGCCUCAGAGAUCAUCAAUAUGGUGGAGAAGCCGCAUUCCUUGGUGAUCUCUCCACAGUCUCUGCCAUAAAGGAUUGGACCUUGAUGAGAAAACAUACACCCCAAUGACUGCUGGCCUGCUUUCAGAAAGCUUGUUUGCAGAAGCUAAAGAGCUUUUCGAGAAAAUGGAAGAGAAUGGUUGCUGGCACACAGUGUCAUGUUCAAUGUUAUUUUGCAAGGACUUCUGAGGGGAGGUCACUACGAUGAUGCAGUGUUGUAUUAUGAAGAAAUGGUUCGGAUAGAAUUCUUGCUGGAUUCAUCUACUUUUCCAUUUUACUUGAUUCAUCUGCAGGAAAAAAGAACAAUCCUUCUCUAUUUUGUUGAUGCUGAAAAUUGAUCCUGAUAGCAAGAUGUCCAUGAUUGGGGGAUGAAUGGUACCUUCACAUUAGUUACAACUCGGUAGUCCUGAUGUUUUCGCCCUUAAACUUUAAUUGUGCUGGAACUAACAUUAUCUAAGUUUGCACUUUCCUGUUCUCACUUAUCUCUCUCUACAUUUAGUGUUUUGGUUGAGCUAUAGUGGUCAAAUUUGUGAGGUCCAUGACAUGAUACUUCAGAUUUUUCGGAACUUUCUUAUUGGGGUGACUGAAUGAUGCUGCUAUUGCCCUGCUAGAUUAAUACUAUUAAUGGUUGAUACACUUAAAUCAUCUUCUUGACUUUCUAAAACAUUAAUGGCUUUAUGUGAAAGAACCUGCAUUUCUGGACAUAGGUAUGUGUCCAUUAGUUAAAUUUAAGUUGGUGGAUGAUUACCUUUCAAGGACAUUGACAUGUCUGUUCCUUGUUUAUCACAGUUCUGCUUAAUUGAAACAUUGAAUGAAACAUGUCUAUUAUUAAUAUCCAGCAUCUGUUAGUCGUAAAAUUUGUUUGGCUGAAUAUUGAUGAUCACAGAGGCGCAAAAGAGAGAGAGCUGUUUUUCUGGUUACUCUGCAGUCAUAUGAACCCCAUUCAGCAAUUGUUAAAUAUCUAUUUCUGCCUUUUACAGACCUCAAACCUGGAAAACCUGGGGAGAAAGGCCUAGACUGGACUAAUUGGAAAAGAACAGCUUUUGGUGCUGCACACAGCCUAGAAUACCUGUAUGAGCAUUGCAAUUUGAAAAUCAUAAACUGAGAUUGAGCGCUGCAAAUAUCGCCCUGGAUGGUGACUUUGACUCUGUUCUUGGAGAUUUUGGGCUUGUAAAGUUGGUGAUUACAAACUAACACACAUCACAAAUCAAGUCCGGGGAACCAUGGGACACAUUGCCGCUGAAUAUUUGUUGACUGGAAACUCUUUAGAGAAGACAGUGCGUUUGGCUAUGGUAUAACAUCUUCUGGACUUGCAACUGGUCAGUGUGCAAUAGACUUCUUUUGGCUUGAAGGAGGAUGAUCUACUGCUAGAGCAUGUUUUAGUUCUCCUCAAGGAUCACCUGAUACAUCCUUGGGAUUCAUGUCCUUUUUGGCUGUAGCUCUGGCACCAAAAAUACUGUGCCAUUAAAAAGUUUAUUUCUCUGGCAACUGUGAGUUCAGAAAUCAUUUUGACUGUUCUUCUACUUCAGGGAAUAGACAUCGUGUUCAAACAAUUCAGCACCUCUGGUUUGCACCCUGGAUGCGUUUGAUUCUGCCUUCUGCGUUAACUGGAGAGUGGUUCGAAUGUUUAGCGUAGCAAUCUUACAAAUCAUGUUUAACAUUUCAGUAGUUCAUUGUAAAGGAGAACGAUUAGUUUGGCACUCUUAUGAAUCAUGUUUAGCUCUGCUGUAGUUCUUUCUUUCUAAAUUCUUGUAUUAGCAAGUAAUUGACAAAAGCUAUGUAUAAAUAUUUGUACGCUGUAGGUUAUUUGGAAAGGACUAAUGCACGUGCUACUGCAGUUUAGCUCCAAAAA